AUGAAAAAGGAAGCACUGUGGGUGUUUGUGGUGGUUUGGGGUAUUGCAUGUUUAUGUGGCUCUCAUGGGUGUCGAGAGCAAGAAAGGGUUGCCCUCUUAGCGCUCAAUGCCACAUUGAACUUGACAUAUGGGGUGGACGCCGGGGGAUCAUCUUUCAAUUGUUGCAGCUGGCAAGGUGUUGAGUGCAACCCCACCACAGGACGAGUCACUCAGCUAAUGCUUUCCUCUUCAAGAUAUGACCGUUUCGGCUCCAAAAUUUGGUAUCUAAACGCUUCUCUACUUAUUCCCUUUCAAGAACUCAAGAGCCUUAACUUGUCCUCCAACUAUUUAGGAGGGUGGAUUGCACCAGAAGAACCAAACUUGCUAUCUUCAAGGCUAAGCAAACUAGAGGUGCUUGACUUGAGCGAUAACUUUCUGGAUCAUUCUAUUCUAUCUAUUCUUAGUACAAUUCCAUCUCUCCGGCAUCUAUCCCUCAUAUACAAUAAUUUGAGCGGGACUUUACAUGUGAAUGGUGGUUUUAGCAAUUUAAUGGAGUUGGACAUAAGUGAUAACGCAGUUGAUGUAAUGGCUAUUGCUGAAGGUGGUUUCAGUAAUUUAAAGGAGCUUGACAUAAGUGAUAAUCCAGUUGAUGUAGCAGCUAUUACUGAAGGCAUCAAAAACUUGAGCCACUUAGAGAACCUCUACCUGGAUGGUGUCCACUUGAAGGAUGUGGGGACCGUCGUGCGAGCAUUAGGGGCACUGUCAUCCCUCAAGAUCCUUUCUCUCCAAUAUAAUACAAUAGAAGGAACUAUUACUACUCAAGAUUUCCAUAACUUCAGUAAGUUGGAACAUCUCAUCUUGGAUUAUUCUUCGUUGAACACCACCAUGGGCAUCCUUUCCAGCCUUGGUCCUUUGACAUCUCUUAGGUUGCUGUCUUCAUACAGCACCAGUCUUAAUGGCAAACUAUCAGGUCAGAGCUUGUGUAACCUCGUAAAACUAGAAGAGCUGGAUCUUAGCAAUAAUGGAAUUACUGGCGGGCUUCCUGCAUGUUGGCGAAACAUGACAUCUAUUCGGGUUCUAUUUCUUGAAGACAAUGAAUUCACAGAUAAUGUCGCCUCAUCUCCCCUCACUAGUCUUACCUCACUCGAAUUGCUUUCCAUUUCGGGUAAUUAUUUUGAUAUCCCCUCAUCACUCAGCCCACUUGCAAACUAUUCAAGAUUGAAGGUCCUCUUGCUUGAUGACAACAAACUAACAACUGAUUCCAAAGUUGCGUCUUCGAUCCUGAGGUUCCAAUUGAAGGACUUUAGUAUGUCAAAUAGUCUAUCGAAAGGAUUCAAAGUAACUUCUCUUGGCUUUCUCAAUCAUCAAUAUGACCUGAGAACCAUUGAUCUCUCCUCGAAUGACAUUGCGGGUCCCUUUCCAGCUUGGUUGUUGGAAAACAACACUAAGUUGGAAAACCUUCUUAUGGCAAAUAACUUAUUUGCGACACUUGAGGUUCCACUAAUGACCCUUCGUAAUCUUUCGGUGAUGGACAUGUCCAACAACGGCAUGAGAGGAGAGCUCACAACCGAAUUUUGUUUAAAUGUCCCAAAUCUGUCCCACCUUAAUCUAUCGGCCAACAGAUUGGAAGGGAAUAUUCCAUCUGAACUGGGUAAUAUAAAAUCCCUAAAUUCCUUAGACCUUUCCCACAACAAUUUCUCCGGGAGACUACCUAUCCAGUUACUAGAUAGCAACUCAUCAUUGUAUAAACUCAAUGUAGCAUAUAACAACUUGCAAGGAGAAAUUGUGUUUUCCGAUGACACCAAGAACCUAAAUUGGUUAUGCCUACACUUAGAGAACAACAUGUUCACUGGAGAUCUCUCUUUUCUUUCAUCACUCAUAAAUCCGUUCCAAUUGGACGUUAGCAACAACUUUUUCAUUGGUAAGCUUCCCAGAGUGAUUGCAAACAUGUCAAGGCUUAGGGUCCUUAACUUGUCCAAAAAUAAACUAAAUGGCCUCAUCCCUCAAGGACUCUUUAAUCUUCCUGACCUCGAGUAUUUAGCUUUGUCUGACAACAAUCUCUCUGGUUCAUUAGCAUCAUCUUUCAUAGCACCGAAGUUGAGACAUAUCCAUCUGAAUGGAAACAAAUUGAAUGGUUCAAUCGUGCAUUUGCUCCCUAACAACUCCAAAUUGGUGACCUUGGAUUUGAGUGAAAAUGAGUUCUUGGGAAGCAUACCCUAUUGGCUAGGUAACCUCUCUCAAUUAAGCAUUCUUUUACUGAGAGGUAAUAGCUUCUAUGGAACAUUUCCCAAGCAAUUGUGCAGAUUAAAAAGCUUAAGUAUGAUCGAUCUUUCUGAAAACAAUCUGUUUGGUCCAUUACCUAUUUGCUUGGGACCCAUAAAUUUCUCCUCUAUAGGAUAUCCUGAUAAGGUGGAUUUAAUACCGUGUUUCGGAGAGAGACGUCACAAAUUGUCACCUUUGUCUUAUGUGAGGACAAUUAGAAUCCACUGGUCCUUUAAUAAGGAGUUCUACCACUAUAAAUUUAUGGGAGACAAAGCAUGGCAAAUUCCACAUAUUGUUGGGUUCACAGCAAAAAGAAGAUUUGAUGCUUAUAAAGGCUACGCACUCCUUAACAUGGUAGGACUAGAUUUUUCUUGCAACCAAUUUAGCGGGGAGAUCCCACCAGAGAUUGCAUUCUCACAAGACAUAGUUGUGUUGAAUCUGUCGCACAACAAGCUUACGGGACAUAUACCAAUGUCAUUGUCAAACCUCACACAGAUAGAGAGCAUUGACCUUUCCUACAACAACUUGAUUGGUUCUAUCCCCGAAGAGCUCACUCGGUUAAAUUUUUUGGGAGUCUUCAAUGUGUCUUACAACGACUUGUCAGGAGCCAUACCAAACAAAAAUCAAUUUGGGUCAUUCGAUGAAAGCAGUUACUACGGAAACCAUCUUUUAUGUGGUCUACCAUUGAGUAAUGACUGUUCGACAACCAUUAAUGUUAAUUGCUCAGCAACAAAAUCACACAAGAAAGCUAAAGAAGAUGGUUUCAUAGAUGGAGAGACAUUCUAUAUCAGCUUUGGAGUGUCAUACACAAUGGUUUUACUAGUAAUUCCGAUUGUUCUGUUCAUCAACCCCCACUGGCAGCAGGGAUGGUUUCAUUAUGUGGAACUAAUUAUCACCACAUGUCGGAGCUUGUUCAUCACAUGCUACUAUCUUGUGCAAGAUGGUUUUCGAAAAUUGUCCAGUGGCCGAACAAUUUAG